AAACUGGCCAGAGGAGGCCACGCUGCUGAUUCCCCUCUGCUGAGAGACACAAGGACAGGCAAUUAACAUAUUAAUCGUUUGUCAACAGUGUCGUGGUGCUCCGUGUGUCCCGCGUGUUGCUCAUCAGGCUCCUUCCUCACAAUGGCAGCGAAUAAAGACACGGCCGACGAUCUGUCCAACGAGGAGGACUUGGAGAAGGCUUUGUGUGUGCUGGCUGGAAGUGAUCCGGAGAACUGCUCCUAUUCUCGGGGAUAUGUGAAAAGACAGGCAGUGUUUGCCUGCAACACCUGCACUCCAAAUGCUGCGGAGCCUGCUGGGGUUUGUCUGGCUUGUGCCAAUAAAUGCCACGAUGGACAUGAUAUCUUUGAACUGUACACCAAAAGAAAUUUCCGCUGCGACUGUGGAAACAGCAAGUUUGGGGAGUUCAAGUGCCAGCUGAUUCCUGCCAAAGAUGAGGAGAACGUUAGAAAUCACUACAACCACAACUUCAAUGGCUGCUACUGUACGUGUGACCGGCCGUACCCAGACACAGACGAUCAGGCCGACGAUGAGAUGAUCCAGUGUGUCAUCUGUGAGGAUUGGUUUCAUAGCAGGCACCUGGGCUGCACCACAGCGGACCCCGAGGAGCUGCAAGAGAUGGUAUGUGAGACCUGCAUGAACAAGGCCCCUGUCUUGUGGACGUAUGCUGCUCACUUUGCAGUUUCACCCGUGAUCAGCGUCAGUCAUGCAGAGGAGGAAGAGGAGGUCGACGUCUCUGAGCCGAGUCAAAGUGAACACGAGGAGCCGUCCACUAGUGCUGAGCCCACAAAGCAGGAGGAAGUGGCAAACCGGUCCUCCCCUUGCAAACGCACCCACGAGGAAAUGGCAGGCGGCCCCGCAAAGGCCGCGUCCAAAACCGCGGCGUGCCGGCUGAAGGACCUGCAGGCCGCGGGCCCCGAGAGGCCGAGGCACGGAGCGGUGUUCUGGCCCUACGGCUGGCGCGCCGAGCUCUGCACCUGCGUGAGCUGCAAGAGGAUCUACGUGACUGCUGAGGUGCAGUUCCUCAUGGAUCAGUCGGACACCAUUCUGGCCUACGAAGAGAAAGGCUUGGACGAGCCGUUCGGGCAGCACCCGUUGAUGGCGCUGAUGAGCUCGAUGGACCGCGUGCAGCAGCUGGAGGUUAUCUAUGGUUACACAGAGUUAACGACUUCGAUCACUGCGUUUUUACAACAGUGUGUUGCGGAAGGAAAGACGGUCACAGUCGAAGCUGUACACCAGUUCUUCGAGGAGCUGCGGGCCAGAAAGAGACGAAGGACCAAUGCAGGAUACCAGUAACGAGGAGGCUGCCAUCAUCCGCCUGGUUCAUGUGGAGCUUUGAAUGAAUGUGCGACUCAAAAGAUAAACCCUUUUCUUUGGUGAAUAAAAGGGCUUCUUGCUGCAACCAAUGUGAAAUUGUAAACCGCGAGGUGUACAGACUUCCUGUUGUGAAUUGUUACUUCGAGUGAUGGAGUGAGAUUUUUUUUUUUUUCUGGUAAUCGUUGAAUGUCCAAUUUUGAUUUUAUUGAUUCAUAAUGCCUUGACUGAAGCUCCAGAAGAAAUUACUUGAAACAUUUCACCACGGUAUGCUUUAAAUUGUAACAUUGCUGCAAUGAAAUGUACGUGACAAGAGGUAAACACCAGUGUGUUGAAAUUGUCUCACGGCAACCGGUGAUGUGAACAAAUAUCCUUGUUUUAUAUGGAUUCAUGUUCCAAAUAAAGUGGUCUCAUUUUGUAGUGCACAAAAAUCAACCGAAUCGAGAUCAAAUUAAUUCCAUAAUAUCAAACCAGUUUAUUUUGAGGAUGCCCAAGUUGACCACUGUUAUGCACCUUUUGAGGCGACAGUAGAAAAAUAGACUCAGUGAACCUAAAUGCAACUUAAUAUCAAUCUACAAACAGGUUUUCUAUGAUGCCGUACAAAGUACCUGUUAAAAUCCAAUACAACCAAUCAUACAGUUCAGAUGGUUCAAUUCCAAAAGUUGCUAAAUAAACACUAUGUACACAAAAUGAGCUACACGAGAUUUCAAAGGACUAUUUGAUGCAGGCUGGUAAGCUGGUAGAAAGGAGCUUGCAUAGAACAUCAAAGUCACUUCUCUAAUAAAAGCCCAGCCGCAGGCGGGGGAAGGCACUGACUUCUCCACAGCAAAGAGCAAAACAAGGACUUUUAUUCAAUGGAACAUUGUCCCGGAAAAUUAAACAACUAACCAACAUGAACAUGGGGAGGAAUCUGGAGUUUAGCAUUUUUUCCCCAUGAAGCAACCUUGAUGGAAAAAAAGAUUUUUUUUUUUUGCUUGGCAACUUCCUCACCGCCAAGCAGAGUGAAUAAAACCUUCAGAUCCUC